AGGUCAAUACUUGAUUGAACGCACGCGUCUGCAUAAUCGAUAUUAUGAAACUAUUGUACUGACCAAAAAUGUUUGGAUCGUGGUUAUGCAUUAGUGUUUGCCUUUUGGGCUACACUUCUGCCGAAAAGAUUAUUAUUAUUGGUGCUGGUGCUUCAGGGAUCGCUACAGCAUCAACACUUCUAGAACACAAUAUCACAGACUUCAUCAUACUAGAAGCUGAAAAUCGUAUUGGAGGUCGCAUUCACAGUUUCCACUUGGGAAAUGCUAUAAUAGAUUUGGGUGCUCAAUACGUUCAUGGCGAGAAGGGUAACAUUGUUUACGACUUAGCAAAAGACUAUGUGGUACAUAGACCAGAAAUAAACAAUGUUACUGUCUACUUUUCUGGUAAAAGAAAAAAUGGUGAAAAUUUACAAAGUGUCAGUAAAGAAUUGUAUUACGACCUCAUUCAAUAUGUUCACGAUAAAGAUUCAUCUCUAGGGGAAGUGUAUUUAUCAAGAUACAAUAGUACAAUAUUGGCCAAAUAUCAAAAUGACACCGAAAUGCUGAAUUAUGCAAAAUGCUCGCUGAAAAAUGUAGAAGGAGCAAUAUUGAGCUUGGAAGGGGCUUUUGAUUGGUUUGACAUCAGUGCUACUUCGACAUUCUAUGAUGCGGAUGGGGAUCAGACUCUAUCUUGGAAUGGUUUAGGAUACAAGACCAUCUUCGAUAUACUUUUGAAGAAUUUCCCGAACAAAACAGGUUACAACAUAGAUAACAAAAUCCUUUUCAACCGAACUGUUUCUAAAGUAAUAUUAAAAGGUAAUUCUGUCAAUGUUAAGUGUGUAGAUGGUUCCGAAUACUCGAGUGACCAUGUCGUUUUCACUCCUUCCCUUGGAGUCCUCAAACACAACUACAAAUCACUUUUUGAGCCCAAACUAAGUGAUGACAAAGUGAGUGCUAUUGAGAAUUUGGGAUUCGAUGGAAUAAUGAAGAUCCUAAUAGAAUUUCCCCGAGCUUGGUGGCAUGGAAAUGAAAAUUUUUUGUUUGUAUGGAAUGAAAAGGAUGUUGAGGAUUUGAAGAAGGAUAUUCGUUAUGGACCCAUGACAGAUAAAGAUCAUUGGUUGAGUUGGUUCAGUUACAUGGGUCUAGCACCGAAAAAUCCCCUUGUUAUGAUAGGUUGGUACAGCGGUCCAUUCGUUAAGGAAGUCGAAAAACUCAGCGAGAAAGAAAUGGAAUCAGCAGUAUUAUAUACAUUGCAGAAACAUCUCAGUAGAGAUUACAACAUCACAAAGCCGAAAACCGUUAUUCAUUCAAAAUGGUGCACAAAUCCCCACUUCCGUGGUACAUAUUCAUACGAAACAGUGAAAUUGAGGAAAAGAAAUAUUACUUCAGCACAUGAGGCUCUUCUCGAACCAGUGAGAGGACUGGAUGGUAAACCUAGAAUUCUUUUUGCUGGAGAAGCUACAAAUCCUGAAAGAUUUUCAACUGUGGACGGAGCUGUUGAAACUGGGUUCAGAGAAGGGUACAGAUUAGUAAAUAUAUUGAAGUGAAAACAGUUAUUUCAAAAUUUUGUGAAAACCAAUAAAAAUUAUAUCUAUCAAA